GCUCAAGAUAGUUUAAGAAGUUGUUUCCAGAACUAGCUCUUGGUCUUGCGAUAGCGAUCAUAAUGAUUGUUUUUGAAUCCCAUUUGCAUUUCGCUAACUAACUUCUUGGAUCCCAUCGCCAUCUCGCCCACCAUUGACAGACGAUCUUAACUAGAAGCACUUACGGACAAGCACAAUUGGAAUGUCAGUACCUAGCUACAAAGAGAUCGAUGCCGACGAAGAUCCACCCGGUGAUUUUAAGAAAGUCAAUCUCUUGUUCCGAAAAUAUGUCAAGACGGCAAAUCCAAAUUUUGUUUCAAGGAGGACGCUCCCUCGUUCUUUCAACUGAGACGUUCUGUAGAGUUCCACGUUUCGAAGAUCAUUGUUUCUGACGUAGCUUUAUAAAAGAAAAAUUUUGUUUGUUUUUCUGAAACUUUGCUACCAGUCUGCUGCGAUCUCGUGUUUAGUCUCCGACUAGCUCGAACACUACAUCUAAAGACCCCUACGUAUUACACCACAACCCCACAUCGCACAAGAUGACCGAAGGAAAGGAGCAUUUGUCGAUCGUGAUCUGCGGUCACGUCGACUCUGGUAAGUCCACCACGACCGGCCACCUGCUCUUCGAAUUGGGUAAGCACUAUUUUUAUUGUGGUUGCAAGAAUUUGGGCGAAGUUAGGUUUUUGUACAAAUGUGCCUGUCAAAGUUAGGUGCUCGAUUUCAUGAAGGUCCGAUGAAAGAACAAAAAGACGCAUUGAUUCCAAAAAAUCGCAGGUGGUAUUCCGGAGCGUGAGUUGGAGAAGCUGAAGGCCGAGGCUGAUCGCCUGGGAAAGUCUUCCUUCGCUUUUGCGUUCUACAUGGAUCGUCAGAAGGAGGAGCGUGAGCGUGGUGUGACCAUCUCGGUCACCACCAAGGAGUUCUUCACGGAGAAGUGGCACUACACCAUCAUCGAUGCCCCGGGUCACCGCGAUUUCAUUAAGAACAUGAUCACUGGAGCCUCCCAGGCUGACGUCGCCAUGAUCAUGGUUCCGGCCGAUGGUACUUGAGUAUUUUUGGGUUUUUGGCAAGGGGAGCUGAGUUUUUUAGAUUGCGGUUGUGCAUGAUACUAUGGAUCCGAGUUGGUCAGCGUUUCCAUGAGCGCGUAAGAUUUUCCGAGCGACGAGAGGUUCCUGAUCUUCGGAAGUGAAUUCUCGAACAGGUAACUUCACCACCGCCAUCCAGCGUGGUAACCACAAGGCUGGUGAGAUCCAGGGCCAGACCCGUCAGCACUCCCGUUUGAUCAACUUGUUGGGCGUCAAGCAGAUCAUCAUCGGUAUCAACAAGAUGGAUUGCGACACCGCCGGCUACAAGCAGACUCGUUAUGACGAGAUCGCCAACGAGAUGCGCAACAUGUUGGGAAAGGUCGGCUGGAAGAAGGACUUCGUCGAGAGCGGCGUGCCGUUCAUGCCGAUCUCCGGCUGGUGCGGUGACAACUUGGUCAAGAAGACCACCAACAUGGCCUGGUGGAAGGGUGCCGAUGUCAAGGUCGGCUCUGAGACCAUCCACGUCGAUACCUUGUACGACUGCUUGAACAACAUGUGCCGCGUUCCGGAGCGCCCCAUCGAUGCCCCGAUGCGCCUGCCGAUCUCCGGAAUCUACAAGAUUAAGGGUGUCGGUGAUGUGCUCGCUGGCCGUGUCGAACAGGGUAUCGUCAAGCCGAACGAGGAAGUCAUCUUUCUGCCGACCCACACCGCCGCCAACGCGUGCGCUGGAAAGGUCUUCCAGAUCGAGAUGCACCACAAGGCUGUGCCGGAGGCCAAGCCGGGUGACAACGUCGGUAUGAACGUGAAGAACUUGGACAAGCAGAACAUGCCCCGUGGUGGUGAUGUCAUGAUCUACAAGAAGGACACCACUUUGUCUGCCGUCAAGGCCUUCGAUGCCCAGAUUCAGGUACAGACUCUGCGUAGUGUGUGCUGUGUGCUAAAGCUGAUUUAUGAUUUUCGUAAGUGAUUGAUUUUGAUCUUCCAUUUUUUUGUAGUCCGUUUUUGUUUUAUGCCUCCUCGACUGAAUACAGGUGUUGGACAUCCCGAACGAGAUCAAGGUCGGAUACUCUCCGAUCGGUUUCGUCCGCUGCGGGCGUGCCGCUUGCCGUAUCUCCGCUUUGAAGUGGAAGAUGGGUAAGGAGACUGGUGGUAAGAAGAUGGAAGAGCCCCACUCCUUGAAGUCCAACGAGAUGGCGCAGGUCACCUUCGAGCCGCAGCAACCGUUGGUUGCCGAUUCCUUCAAGAACUGCGAGGGUCUGUCCCGUGUCGCUUUCAUGGACGGAAACGGUGUGGUCAUGUUGGGAAAGGUCGUGUCCGUUGAGGCUAAGGUCUUCGAGGCCAAGAAGAAGUAAGCAGGACCGACCACACGUUGGUGAUGCGACGCCCCACAUCAAACGAUACUUUGCAAAUUUCCAUCACGUAGCUGUGCGCGGUUGCAUUCGCUGUGUUGUUGAAAAUCAAAUCACUGAUUGGCAACUGCGUCAAGUGUGCUGACAUACCUGCCCCACUACUGGUGACGUAAGAGAAGCCUCGCGCUCUCCUGAAACAACGCCUUUUUGUGUCCUCAACGAUCGCUGCGAUUAUUGACAUCGACUGGAAAGGAAAAAACUAUAAGCCUGCCCCUUUAUGAGGCCAAGACCGUCUAUCCCCCCCACCAGUGGUCGCCUUCGGAGUUCAGGUUCUUAUCUCCGUCGAUUUUGGUGUCAUGACGCGCGUCUACACAUUCGUCUCCAUUCGCAUUGGGUCGGUCUCCUGAUGUCGGCCACGUAAAUCCAUCGUGCACGUCCAUUUAAAUUUCCAAAUCGUGAUGAUCGUGUAAUGGUAUUUGCAAAUGAUCAGCAGGAUCAGGCAUAAAUUCGCAAUUCUCGAUCGCACAAGUGAAUAGAGGAUCAGCGCUCUGGAUCAGAAAAAAAAAAGGCAAAACGAAGUCGACGAUCAGAAGUUCGGUCGUUCGUGGUGCAUAUCGAAAUUAAGCCAAAGUAUGUGGAAAUAGAAAGCUCUUUAAAUUGCUACUGCGUGUGUUGUUAAUCGUGACAUGUUGCCUCCGUUCCUCCACACCGAUCGACAGGAUUUUGUGCCUAAGUAAGCAGUACCCCAGCCUUACGUAAUUUGAUUCAGUUUGUGUUUGCACCGCUGUCCGUUGGCGUUCCAAAAACUUUUCCAAGUAGUAGCUGUGAAUACACAAAAAUGACUGCCCCUACGGCAAGCAGCAGCAGCUCUGGGCCAUCACAGCCGAGUAACAGGUUUUUGCACUACGAGGGAGCCAACCACUUUCGGCAGCGCCUGGUGCUGUCGACGCUGUCAGGCCGGCCGAUCCUGAUCAAGCAGAUUCGCACGGAGGACCGGCGACCUGGGCUGCGGGACUACGAAAGCAACUUCAUUCGGCUGCUGGACAAAAUCACCGAUGGAGCGAAGAUCCAAAUCAACAACACGGGGACGCAGCUUCGAUACGAACCUGGACAGCUAGUCGGAUGUAAGGACCGGGUGAUCGUGCACGAAUGCCCGGCGAGUCGGUCUCUCGGAUACUGGUUGGAAGCACUCGCGCUCCUCCUGCCGUUCGCGCGCAACCUGACGAAGUUGAAACUGGUUGGCGUGACCAACGAUGGCACCGACCUCUCGGUUGAUAGUUUCCGCAGUGUCACCUUGCCCUGGCUGAGGAAAAUGUUCGCGCCGCAGCGAUACGUGCAGCCGGAGUUUGGGGAACAAAUGUCGGAGAAGACGACGAAUAACACGGCGCUGAACGGGACGGUGCCGCAGCAGAACGUGUAUCUGCACACAAACCAAACAAACUUCGCGACCGAGCAGCUGACUUUCCAGGUCUUGCGACGCGGUUGCGGUCGCGCAAGCGCGGAAGACGACGCAGUUCCAGCCACCAAGGGCGAAGUGCUCUUUCACUGCCCGACGCUGGCCCGCGUCCGACCCCUGAAUCUUAUUGAGGACUUCCGGUGCAAGCGAGUGCGCGGAGUGGCUUUCACUAGCGGUGUGACUCCACAAUACGCCACGCGAAUGUGUGACGCGGCGCGCGGCUUGCUAAACGACUUCCUACCAGACGUCUGGAUCUUUGCGGACCACGACAAGCCAGCUGAAAAGGGAAAGAAAACCGACGACGAGGGCGUGAAAAGCAGAGGGUACGAAUUUCUUUAAAUUUCUUUAAGAAGGGCUUGCUCCUCGUACUCUCGCCAUUGAUGCAGGAUGGAUUUUGAAUUGUUGAGUUUUGCUAGUCAGGUGCGUUAUAACGCUCGUUAUUAGAAAAAAGUAAAAUCAGGUUUGGCCUCUCCCUCGUGGCGGAGUCUGUGGAUGGGACCUACAAGAGCAUCGACGUCUUCAGCAACGGCGAUCUCUCAGCAACCGAGAAGGCCAUGUUUGAGGAAGCCGCAACAGCUGCCGACUCGGAUGCAGAAAUGAGUGACAGCAGCGAAAACGACGAGCAUGGCGAUGACAACUCGGAGCGCAAGAACGCUGACAAGACAAAAGAGCGAACUGCUGCGCUGACGAAGGAGCAGUUGCAGGAUGUGCCUUUCGCUCUGGGGAAGGCAGGCGCGUGUCGCCUGCUCUCCGAAUUGGCUCUGGGUGGAUGCGUGGACACGACGCAUCAAGUGCUGCUAUUGCACUACGUCGCCCUCGCAGAGGAGGACGAGGCGAGCCGAGUACGGGUAGGAAAGUUGACGCCGACGACGAUCGAGUACCUGCGGCACAUGAAGGAUUUCUUCAACGUUGAGUUCAAAAUGCGACAGCAAGAGGACGAUUCUGUCGUCCUAUCUUGCGUCGGCGUGGGGCUGGCCAACUUGAGUCGUCCUACAUUCUAAGCUGGAUUGUGAUGUUGACCUUUGGGUCUUUACCCGCUUUCGGCAUGUUGAAAUAGCUCUCGAGUACUAGUGUGUGGAAGAAGAGUUUUUGUUUAGCGAAAAUCUGGUGGUCCAUUGCACGCGAGACGGCGAGUCGCCAAGAUCCAGUGCUUCACUUUUGCUGCCUGUUCUACAUGCGUUUUUGCGAGUGCAACUGCAGUUCCAGUGUCGUAGUUCGCAUAGGUCUGAAGCAGAUGCUCGGGACUGUCUCUCAAAGACAAAAUUCAAUGUCAGGCCUCGAUCGGAAGUGGUUGAUCUUACUAGUAACAGGAUCGUACAAUCGUGAAAAUCUAUUUGAAAUUUCGAAUGGCGAUCUCUCACGAUAAGAUCCUGAAGCAAAAAGAGUGAAGAUCUUUGCGACAUAUGGAUCCGGUGUGUAGUAUACAGUCGCUCCUUCACACGACGGAUCACGCCAUUUUCUUUUCUGCACCAAACCUUAAGUAGAAUUUCCUGUGGAUAUUCGAAUUAUUGUUAUUCACUCAUCUCGACAGCGAAACUCGUCAGUAGUCCUUGUUGACUCGCAGAUUCUGUGUUGCAUUCAUCAAUUUUUUCCUUUGUCUCUUAAGACCCACACAAAAAACAAAAUGACCGAAGGCAAGGAGCAUUUGUCCAUCGUGAUCUGCGGUCACGUCGACUCCGGAAAGUCCACGACCACCGGCCACCUGCUCUUCGAGUUGGGUAAGCAUUCGUUUUUUCUUGAUGACGUUUGGGCGGAGGUAGUAUCUCUCGCAUGUGCGUGUCAUGUCAUAGCGAUGUUUUCCUCAAUGAGGCGCAAUUUUCAGGAAGAACCGAAUUCAUUCUUUCCAAAAAAUUGCAGGUGGUAUUCCGGAGCGUGAGUUGGAAAAGCUGAAGGCCGAGGCUGACCGCUUGGGAAAGUCCUCCUUCGCUUUCGCCUUCUACAUGGAUCGUCAGAAGGAGGAGCGUGAGCGCGGUGUGACCAUUUCCGUUACCACCAAGGAGUUCUUCACGGAGAAAUGGCACUACACCAUCAUUGACGCCCCGGGUCACCGCGAUUUCAUCAAGAACAUGAUUACCGGUGCUUCCCAGGCUGAUGUCGCCAUGAUUAUGGUCCCGGCCGAUGGUAUUGCGUACUUUUUUUUUCUUUCUGACGAUUUUCUUGAAGAGCGGUUUCAUUUCGCGAAACAUGAAAGUGUGCAUCCGUCCUGCGAGAGUGAGAAAUCAGCAACUAACUUGACACUCAGGUAACUUCACCACCGCCAUCCAGCGCGGCAACCACAAGGCUGGUGAGAUCCAGGGACAGACCCGCCAGCACUCCCGUUUGAUCAACUUGCUGGGUGUCAAGCAGAUCAUUAUCGGGAUCAACAAGAUGGACUGCGAUACCGCCGGCUACAAGCAGACUCGUUAUGACGAGAUCGCCAACGAGAUGCGCAACAUGUUGGGAAAGGUCGGCUGGAAGAAGGACUUCGUCGAGAGCGGCGUGCCGUUCAUGCCGAUCUCCGGCUGGUGUGGUGACAACUUGGUCAAGAAGACCACCAACAUGGCCUGGUGGAAGGGUGCCGAUGUCAAGGUCGGCUCUGAGACCAUCCACGUCGAUACCUUGUACGACUGCUUGAACAACAUGUGCCGCGUUCCGGAGCGCCCCAUCGAUGCCCCGAUGCGCCUGCCGAUCUCUGGUACGAAAAUGUUUUGGCCUUCCCUCUAGCCUCUUCGCACGAAAUAUGGUAAUUGGUAGGGUUUUUUGGAUUGCAGCGAUCUAGGCUUUUGAAUUCUCACUGAACAAACACGCAGGUAUCUACAAGAUCAAGGGUGUCGGUGAUGUGCUCGCCGGACGUGUUGAGCAGGGUAUUGUCAAGCCGAACGAGGAAGUCAUCUUCUUGCCGACCCACACCGCCGCUAACGCCUGCGCUGGUAAGGUGUUCCAGAUCGAGAUGCACCACAAGGCUGUUCCGGAAGCCAAGCCGGGUGACAACGUCGGUAUGAACGUGAAGAACUUGGACAAGCAGAACAUGCCCCGUGGUGGUGAUGUCAUGAUCUACAAGAAGGACACCACGCUGUCCGCCGUCAAGGCCUUCGAUGCUCAGAUUCAAGUACAGACCCUGCGUAGUGUGUGUUGACGUUGAUUACUGAUUUUGCAAGCAAUUGAUUUUGAUCUUUAAUGUUUUGCAGUGCGUUUUUGUUUUAUGCUAGCAAGAUGAUGAUGAUGAUGCUUCCUCGACCGAAUACAGGUUUUGGACAUCCCGAACGAGAUCAAGGUCGGGUACUCUCCGAUCGGCUUCGUCCGCUGCGGGCGUGCGGCUUGCCGUAUCUCCGCUUUGAAGUGGAAGAUGGGUAAGGAGACUGGUGGUAAGAAGAUGGAAGAUCCCCACUCCUUGAAGUCCAACGAGAUGGCGCAGGUCACCUUCGAGCCGCAGCAGCCGUUGGUUGCCGAUUCCUUCAAGAACUGCGAGGGUCUGUCCCGUGUCGCUUUCAUGGACGGAAACGGUGUCGUCAUGUUGGGAAAGGUGGUCUCCGUCGAGGCCAAGGUCUUCGAAGCCAAGAAGAAGUAAAUACACGAUUACACGCGAAAAGACUGUUCGUGUAACAUUGUCGUAUUCGUUGCUGGUAGUUGUGGUGUCACAAGGGGAAGUACAUGGUGGUUGGCCCGCACGAUGCGAUUGAUUCGUGAUGGUUUGAAGCACUGCUAAAAAUGCAUUCACGGUUGGAGCUAGUGAAAACUACUAGACUACAUCACUAACGUAACACUCAGCAUCAAAAUGCAAACCGCAAAAAUUUGCAAAAAACCAGCUUCGUUUCGGAUGAUUAUUCGAGAUGCAACCUGCGCGCAGCACCUAAAUGCACCUAAUGAUGAGAAAUUGAAAUGUGUCACAAAUCUCUCCUCUUUCGCAUACGCCCUACGUAGUAGCUCCGUAUGAAACUGAUGUCUUGCGUGUACUGUCGUUUCCCUUAGCACACUACCUAGUAGUGAAGCUGUUUGCGCGUUUCCGAACCCGCUUGCAGCUGCUUUGUAAAGAGGUGACAGCCACGAUUUAAAUUUCGACUCACGCACUCUUUUGUUUUAUUGAAUGAAACUGAUGUCUCACGGCUUUCGUCUCUCCUCUACGCACAUUACCUAGUAAUAAAGCUGUUUGCCCGUUUCCGAACUCGCUUACGAUGCCUCUCGAGAGACGUUGGCCUAGUGGAGUACCGACUUUGAAAUUAAUGAUGAAGCUAUCUAUUUACUGAAUUACAGUAGAAUUUUCCUGAUCACCGGUCGCCUUGGGGGCGCUUGUCCGCACGAGGAGCGGUCCCCUCGGAUGCUUGUGACUAGUACGUUCUACUUUUCUAUGUUUGCUGUCCAACUCAUUUCGAGGCCUGUGCAUGUACACCUAGUAUAGUGACUAUUCGCGUGGCCAAGAACUGUUGUAAAGAAACAAUACUUGAUGAUGAGACCUCAGCAGAAAGACAAAACGUGAAAUGAAAAGCUUCUCCGUCC